UCAGUGCCACAUGGCGUGCCCACAAGAAUAAUGCUAUUUUUUAUCAGUUCUUCAUUCUACUCGCAUUGGCGAGAUGAAGCUUCUGUCGGUGUCUUGUCUGCUUUUGUUGCAUUUUGCAAGUGUAUUGGCUGAUCCAACAUAUGAUGUGACAGUGCAAACACCAAAUGGAUCUGCAACGAUACGAGGAAUCCAACACACUUAUGGAACGUCAUUUCGUGGAAUUCGGUAUGCUCAGCCACCAGUAGGCUUGUUUAGAUUUGGGGCCGCAAGGCGACUCGACCCGGUUGGACUUGUUGAGGCACAGGCAUACGGUAACAUAUGCGUCCAAGGGGACGGAAGAACGUCGCACGAAGAUUGCCUUUUCAUAAACGUGUAUACACCAAAUAACGUCACUCAAGCAUCCAAACUUCCCGUUUAUGUCUACAUUCAUGGUGGUGGUUUUGUGGAAGGAGGUGGCAACAUGGGUGCUGGAAUUUACCCCAAUUUGGUUAACAAAGGCCCGAUUGUUAUGGUUUCCAUCAACUACCGCUUAGGUCCAUUUGGAUUCUUCUCCACUCGUCAAAUGACUGCACCUGGAAACUGGGCUAUUUCUGAUUGGAUUGAAGCCUUGAACUGGGUUCAACGGUACAUCAGCUUUUUUGGAGGAGACCCAAAUAGAGUAACUAUUGGAGGACAAAGUUCAGGAGCGGAAGCUGUUUCUACGCUAACCCUCACACCAUUAGCUAAAAACCUUUUCAAACAGUCAAUUCACGAGUCUGGAAGUGCAUUUGGAGCAGCUGUCAUGUCAUAUUCCGAGAAAACAAGAUCAACCAGUAAGCAACUAUCCAUUAAAUUAGGAUGUGCAACUUCUGAUCAGUGGGACAAUGGACAGUCAUUCGGGACAAUUCUCACUUGCCUUCGUAAUGUCACUUAUGAUAAAAUUGUUGCUGCUGACAACUCUCUCCCAGGUCACCGUAUGAAAUGGUCUAUUGUUCAAGACAACAAAUAUCUAACACAAAGACUGGAGUACCUUGCUCUCCAGCGUGAUCCAAAAAAGAAUGUUCUCAUUGGCGACGUCCACGACGAGUGGCUCGGGUGGGAAAUGAACAAUGUUCUGCACAACAUUAAUAGCUCGCACAACACUGCUCAUCAAAUGCGUGAUGAUUUGUCAGGAAGCUAUGAGAUGACCUAUUGGGAUAACAAACAGUCUGUGCUCGUUGCCGCCGACAACAAGUACAUUAACAAUCAAGGAUGGACAGACGAUAAUCAUAGAGAGUGGGAGGCAAGGAGAAUUCAGUUAUGGAGUGAAAUGGUGUUCAUUGGGCCAACUUUGAGGGAUGCCGCAUACUUCCAAUAUAUGAAGAAUAAUGUAUAUCUGUACUCUCUCGAUUGGUUGAGUCCACCAGCUCUUCCACUGGUCACCGAUCCACUUUUCCGUGGCUGCGAGCACACAUGGGAGCUCCAAUACAUAUUCUCAACCUCCUGUAAUGGAUUCACGUGUACUGCACAAGAUGAGAUUUUGCGUAACUACUUUACCACUACUUGGCUCAAUUUCAUUAUUGGAGGAAAUCCUACUCCUGCCGGAAGCCCCUUGCCGUUCAAAUGGCUUGCCAUGGACAGUACCAACAGAUUCUUGUCUUUCUCGCCAAAUCCAAAAAUGCAGCCACACUAUCAUCCAGAUUCUAUGUUCUGGGUGUGCACUGCACCAACUAUAGACGGAUACAAAGGUCCAUUUUGCUAAUAUUUUAAUAUGUAUGUAGUUCUAAACAUAAUAAACUGACUAUGACCGUUCU